AGUAUCUGGUGUAGGUACAUUGCAUAGGGAUAUGGUAACCAUAGAAACAAAGUAUCCUGUGUCUUGUAGGACUACAUAAGGACACAAAGAUAAGGAAAUAGGCUAGAGAGUCCACCACAGGAAGUACCAAUUAGCACAAGAGGCCUAGAGAGCGAUAGGCAAACCAUAGUAAUGAGGAAAUAGGCUAGAGAGUCCACCACAGAGAAAACCAGUAUAAAGGAAGAGGUGGAGGACCCUAAUCACAAGGAAAUAGCUUGUACGAUCCAGUAUUAGUGGUGAGGCAUCUAUCAUCCAUCUUCCUUUUCACUUCCACUCAGACGCCCAUUUCUUCGAUGAUUGAUAUAUAUUGAUAUCACUAUGGAUGAAGGAGAUUUUCUGGCAGAGACUAUCAACAGAUUGGUACUACUGAACAUGGCGACUGCAGACGAUAAGGAGGAGAUUAUGAAAGCGGAAGUCCAGACUAGAAAUGAGCAGGAAGAUGAGAAUAAAACUAGAGAAACAGCACAGGCAGGAGAGGAGAGUAUCCUUGCCACGCUAGGCCAAGAAGAUAGCCAGCUAACAGAGGAGGCUAAAAUGAAAGAAGUCCAUGAUAUUGAUGAUAAAGUUAUUUUUAACUUAAUUGAUCAGAAAGAGAGUAAAAGUGGAAAAAUGACUGAGACAGGAGGACAGGUCCCCCUUGUUUUAUUAAAUCAAGAAGAGAUUCCUCUGAAAGAGGAGGAGAAAUGCAAUGAAUGUACUGAAAAAGACCUCAAAAUGAAAUUGAGUAUCAUACAGGAUGGGAACGAAAGUGUAAAUAUGCUUAACAAACCUCAAGAAAUAGAUGAAUGGAUGUUGUUAUUGCAAGAUGAGAAUAAAGAAAUACUAGAAAAAAUGUCUUCUGACCAUGAUGCAAUGAAACUGCCUGAGGAGAAGCCGAUACAAGUAAUGGUGGAGAAUGAACAGGGAGAAGAGGAGAAGGAGGUUAAUGUUGUUGUUAACAACUCAGAAGAGGAAAUGCAAAGAGAGGAGCAACAGUCCAUAAAAAAUGAAAGUGCAGAUCUAGAAAAUCAAGAUCAGGUUAUGGUAGGAGAAGCAAACCAAAAUGUGGCUAAAGAGAAGGAGGAGUGUAUAAUGAUAGACAUGGAAGGACAGAUUUCCUUUGUUCUUCUACAUGAAAAAGAGAAAACAGUUAUAGAGAAGAGGCAAAACACAGAAUGUUCUGAAAAAGACCAUCAAAUUGGUUCUAGCACCUUACAGGAUGAGGCUGAAAGAGUUGAUCAGUCCAAUAAACAGCCAUGUGUUGUCUUUUGCAACUCAGAAGAGGAAAUACAACGAGAGGAGCAAAAGCCCAUAAACAAUGAAAAUGCUAAUCUAGAAAAGCAACGGCAAUAUAUGGUAGGGGAAGCAAACAAUGCAGCUAAAGAGAAGGAGCAGGAGGAGUUUAUAAAGAUAGAGAUGGAAGAGCAGAUUUCCUUUGUUCUACUACAUGAAAAAGAGAAAACUGUAACAGAGAAGGGGCAAAACACUGAAUGUUCUGAAAAAGACCAUCAAGUUGGUUCUAGUGCCGUACAGGGUGAGGCUAAAAAUGUUGAUGAGUCCAAUAAAGAGAAACAGGUUGUAUUUUGCAACUUAGAAGAUGAAAAACAAAGAGAGUCAGUGAAUAAUGAUAACAGUCAGUGGAACUAUGAUCUUUUCUUUUGGGACGAUAAGCUACCAACAGUUCAGCAGACUGAAGGAAGGAAAAAGAAGGACGGCAUUAUGAUAGGAGAAGCAAAUGAAAGUUCUGCUUAUGAAAGUGGGAGUGAUGAAAUGAAAGAAUUAACAGAGAUGGGCAAUAAAGAGGGAUCUAGAGCAAUUCAACAAGGGAAUGAAUGCAUAAAUGAGUUGAACGAUAAGAGGGAAGGUGCUGAAUGUGCAGCGUUCAAGCUAAUUGAGAGCAAAGAAAUAAAAGAGCAAAAUAUAGAAGCGGUAUCUACUUACCUAAAGCAGGAAGAAAAGGAUGAAAAUUCUCUGGUUGGUGAAAAGCAAAUAAAUGGAGUCCAAAAUAAACUGGAGAAGAAUGACCAGGUGGUCAGCACAUUAGAGAAAAAAGAGAGAGAAGAUAGGCAGCUGGUGAAUAAAGAAGCUAGAAGAGAAGACAAAGCAGACAUUGUAGAUGGAAAAACAAAUAUUGUUGGACAACCAAAAGAUAAGCAAAUAGGGCAUGCUUCUGGACCAGUCUACCAGUCUGUUCCUCCGGUUGAACCGUCACCCUCCGGAUUCUUCUUUAACAGACACAACAGAUCUAAUAUCACUUCUCAACAAGACAAUGAUUCUAACACCAAUAGAGAAGAACUAGAGGAUGAAGAAGAAGAAACUCCAUGCUGUCACUAUUUAUGUUUACAGAUCUCCAGGCUCUUAGCGUGGUUACGGGGAAUUUUUCGGAGAUGCUUUGAUGAUCCACAGUCUGAGAGUUUUUCUGGAGAGUAUUAUUAAUGGACAAGAAUGAAGCCAUCAUCUCUCAGCAAUGAUGGAAAUCCUGGCUAAAAAAAUACCUUUUUGCCAUCUCCUUGGGAUUCUAAUUAUUUUUCUGUUUUAAUUGGUUUUGUUGUUGUCCAUUGUUUUAGUAAUUACCUUGUUUUACCAAGUUUCUUGUUAUUUAUUUCUUCCAAAAAAAGUUUUAUUGAUGUGACCAAGAAAUAAAAUGGGCACAUAUUAAAAAUACA